GCCAAAUCCCCACCGAGUGCCCACUGCGUGCCCCUUCUAUGCUUAUCCAUCCACAUCGCCAUUCCUCUUCAGUCCUCACGCGGCGCUGCUCCGCCUCCGUCUUCCUCCCCCUGCAACCUCACCACCAAGCGCUGUCCCUCCUCAUCUUCUCCGUCAAUCCACGUCACCACCAGCGCUGCUCUCCUCUUCUCUAUCCAGCGCGUCCACUACCAGCUUGGCGCGCGUCGGCCCUACCCCAAGUUCUUCGCUCCUAUCGACGCCUGGCCGUGCUCCACCCCAACAGCCGCCCGUGCUUUUUCGACGAUGCACUCCACUCCUGGAGUCCGCGGCCGCGGUGGCUGGCUACAUCCACUUCCCGUCUGCCAAAGGCGGGGCGGAGCUUCGAUGCGUGCAGUUGCUGCUGCGGCUGGGGCGGCGAUGGCCUGCUCGUCGGUGCACAGGGGCCUGGGGUGGAGUCCCCAUGCCGUGGUGGUGGAGCCCCUGCCCGUGAGUGGCUGGUGACUGGGGCAGCGGUGCCGGUGCGCAGUGGAGGCUCGGUUGCUCGCCAGAUCUGGCGGCUGGCCAGCAUGCGCAGGAGCUGGAGGCGCGGGAGACGGCCUGGUGGUGCUACUCAUCUGCCGGUGGCCCAAGGAUUCUGGGGCGGCUCGGGUGAAUCCCCCAGUUUUCUCUUCCGUUUGCUCUUCUAUGUACCAUCGCCUUAUCUUCAGACUCCCCUUCUUCCUUCAUCUCUCUUCUCUUUCCGGUGCUUCUUUUCUCUAAGAGCUCUCUGUCUUCUAUUUUUCUGCAUAGAGAGGCCAUGGCCGCCCGAUGCCCGAGCGCCGCUGGCCAAGGACCCACCGGCGUCUAGACUCCCUCCAUGCCAUUCCCAUCUUGCUGGAGACCUGCACCAAGUCCCAUCCAGCGCCCGCGCCACCCUUCGGCCCCUGCCCGCAGCUCUGCAGCCUGAGCGCUUCAGCCGCCUCCCGAAGCAGAGGAGAGGGACUCCCUGCCACGAGCAUUGGCAAACCAGUAGGCCGACACUGCCUCCUUCUCGCUUCCCUCCUUCCUUUUUUCCGCCGCGAUGCAUCAUUCCUUCCUUGGCUCCUGCGGCGUGGUCGCCGGCGGCCUGUGCCCGCGGUGGAGAAGGCAAAUGGAUAAGUCGCGGGGGUGCCCGGUGGUGAAGCAGUUUAAUUAAGGAUCACAGGUAGAAUUGUAACUAAUGCAGAGGUGUUUUUGCAAAAACGUAGCGUUUCUCAGAUACCUAGUUAAAGUAGGAGUGCGGGUUGAAUUCUCAAAAACAGAGGGGCUUUUCUGCAAAACUUCCGACGACGUACGACCAGAAACGCUAUAUAUAUAUAUAAGGAGAGAAGGAGAGAUUAGGUAGAGAGAUGGUUACCACUGAUGGUGGAUAAUGCUGGACGUAGUUGGUCAGAAAAUAAACUGCCUGCAUGUACGUCUAGCUGAUGUAGCAGUAGCACCCCAUGUGGCCUUUGUGACUACCGUAAUGAUUCAUUGCUUUUUUUUAUUCCGUCCAUAAAAA